AUGUCCGCGCUCGACGCGCCGCCGCCCGCAGCCGCGCCGGCGCCGAGCGCGCCGAAGCACCCGGACCUGCGCGCCGCCAUGGCCCGCGUCGAGCUGCGCAACGAGGCGUCGGCGUCGCCGUCCGACGCCGCGCUCGAGGAGCCGCGCCGCGUCUACGAGGCCAUCUUCGGCCGCUGGCCGGCGACGCACGGCAAGAUCAUCUCGAAGCGCGAGCGCGACGCCCGGGGCAUGAACGCGUCGAGCCUCGUCUACGGCGAGAUCAACUUCGCCUCCUCCGGGGCCGCGAAGGGGCGCGACGCCUCGUUCGGCGCGGCGCUCCUGAAGAUCAAGGCCGUCUACGGGCGGCCGGGCGUCGGCGCGUCCGGCGACGGUGGCGUCAUGCAGGCGCCCGGGUCCGGCGUCUUCUACGACCUGGGCAGCGGCGCGGGCAAGCCCGCCGUCGCCGCGGCGACGCUCUUCGAGUUCGAGGCGUGCCGGGGCGUCGAGUACCUCGGCGGCCUCGUCCGGGCGUCGCGCGACGCCAAGGCGGCCUACGAGGAGGUGGGCGUGCCCCUCCUCGCGUCCCUCGGCCGGACGGGGCCCGCCGUCGACUUCUACGAGGCGGACGUCACGGACCUCGGCGCCCACGACUGGUCGGGCGGCGACGUCGUCUUCGCCAACUCGACGUGCUUCGACGACGGCAUGCUGGCCGCCGUCGCGCGCCGGGCCGCGCGGCUCAAGCGGGGCGCCUUCUUCAUCACCUUCACGAAGAAGCUCCCGAGCGACCACUUCGAGGUCCGCGAGAGCGAGCUCCACCAGAUGAGCUGGGGCGGCGCGACGGUGUUCAUCCAGCAGAAGGUCACGGACCCGGCCGACGAGAGCGACCCGCCGGGCGAGGCGCCCGUGAGCGCGGCCUGGGGGCGGAAGCCCUCCGUCCGGAGCCUCCUCCUCUCCAAGGAGUGA